AGCAUAUUUACCGAUCCGCCAUCGCGGCCAUUUUCGCUCGGUGGCCGAAUCAGCGUGAAACUGCGUGAAAUUUGCAAUUUCGGAGCUCAUCUAACACUUAUUGAUAUCGAAAAGGCAAUAUUAUUGCAAAGUAUUGCAGUUCAUAUAAUAAUUUUGUGAUUAUAUGGUAGUGCAUUGAAAGAUCUUUUGAUUUUGGAUAGUCACCAGGUGUUAUCAUACCUGUCAGAACGGAUAAGAGGAUGCCAGUAAAGAAACAAGAUGCACACAAAGCCUUGGAAUUACUUGAAGAGUAUCACAGAAAGCUCAACAAACCUCACGACAGACCGCUCAGAACAGCGAUCGAAAGGGUGAUAAGGAUAUUUAAAAGUCGCCUUUUUCAAGCUCUACUCGAUAUACAAGAAUUUUAUGAAAUAACAUUGCUGGAUGAGAAGAAGACAACUCAGCAAAAGACGUUAGAGACUCUGCAAAUAGCGUCACGAUGGGAGAAUCAGCCACCAAUCACGACCAGUGUCGCGAGGCAACAACAAGCGACGGUAAUUGAAACCAGAAAGCAACCAUCGGUCGAUAGCGUGGAAUUACCACCACCUCCUCCCGAAGUUGUCGACAAUGGAUCCCAUACAUUGCCCUUGCAACAAAAGCCUUCUCAGGAGUACAAGGAAGCAAUGCAACAAUCAACUCUACCAAUGAAACUCCGUGAGCCGCCAAAUCAGCAGCAGUACUCGACAACGCCCCUGCCACCCGUCGAAGAGCAACAACGGCCCCAACCUCGACUAAAUGGCGAAGACGUUGCCAAUUUGUCAGGCGAGUGGGAAACGAUAAAAGUGGCAUUGGAAAGGGGAGGAUCUGGUUUGGGAUUUUCAAUCGCUGGGGGCAGUGACAAUCCGCAUAUUGGGGACGACCCCAGUAUUUACAUAACUAAAAUUAUUCCUGGUGGGGCAGCCGCAGCUGACGGAAAUGUUUUAGUGAACGACGUUAUAGUAUCCGUAAAUGGAGUAAAUACGUUAAAUGUAUCUCAUGGAGAGGCUGUUCAAGCAUUAAAAUCAGCUGGUGAAAGCGUUCGAUUAGUCCUAAGGCGUUGUAAAACGAACAAUUCAGCUGAGCCUGUCGAAAUUAUUUUGACAAAGACAAAUAAGGGCUUGGGAUUUUCAAUAGCUGGAGGUAUCGGCAAUCAACACAUUACCGGCGAUGAUGGAAUUUUUAUUACUAAGAUAAUAGAAGGGGGAGCUGCCCAUCAGGACGGUCGGCUGGAAGUCGGGGAUAGAUUGGUCAGCGUGGAUAACAUGCUUUUAGAAGCUGUGUCUCACGACGAUGCCGUCAGCGUUUUGAAAGCAACUAGCAAAGUUGUAAAACUAAUAGUAGUAAAACCGUUUGUUAGUGGCCAUACGUCUGAGAUGAUGGAACAACAGCUUAUCCAAAUGCCUCUGCAGCAUCAGCCAGUUCUUCCAGAGCCUCAAGCCGUAGAGGCUAUGGAUAUCUCGAGAGAGCCGAGGCGAAUUAUCCUGAAGAAGCAAAACACCGAAUUAGGUUUCAAUAUAGUUGGUGGAGAAGAUGGUGAAGGUAUAUUUAUAAGCUUUAUUCUGGCUGGCGGUUGCGCAGAUAUCUCGGGUGAGUUAAGAAGAGGAGAUCAACUUUUAUCAGUAAAUGGAAGGGAUCUUCGCCACGCCACUCACGAGGAAGCUGCGGCUGCAUUAAAAUCAUCUGGCGACGAAGUCAUUAUACUUGCGCAGUACAAGCCAGAAGAGUAUAAUAGAUUUGAGGCAAAGAUACACGAUAUACGCGAACAGAUGAUUAAUACUAGUACGGGCAGUUUGAAGACAACUCACAAAAGGACGUUGUACGUUAAAGCGCUAUUCGAAUAUGAUCCGACAAGGGAUAGCGGUCUGCCCUCUAAAGGAUUAGCAUUUAAAUACGGCGAUAUCCUGCAUGUCACGAACGCAUCAGACGAUGAAUGGUGGCAAGCGAGAAGAAUCGUACCGGAGCCGGAGGAACACGAUCCACUUGGUAUCAUACCAUCGAAGAGGAGAGUGGAGAGGAAGGAGCGAUCAAGAUUGAAGAACGUCAAGUUCCAAGCAAACAAGAGCGCAUCGUCCUCCCCUCCACCACCAAAUAAUCAAGGUACGUUAACGGCUGAUAAGCGAAAAAAGAACUUUUCGUUUUCGAGGAGAUUUCCAUUUAUGAAGAGUAAAGAGCAUUCAGGUUCUGAAGAUGCCAUAUCAGGCGACGAAUUAUCGGACGAAAUUAUUCUAUCGUACGAGCCAGUGACUCAGCAGGAACUAAAAUACACUCGUCCAGUAAUUAUUCUUGGACCUCUAAAGGAUAGAAUUAACGACGAUCUUAUCUCGGAAUUUCCCGAUAAAUUUGGAUCUUGUGUUCCGCACACAACUCGACAGAGGAGAGAUUACGAAGUUGACGGUCGAGACUACCAUUUUGUCGAAUCAAGAGAAAAAAUGGAAAAAGAAAUUCAAAAUCAUUCAUUUAUAGAAGCUGGGCAAUACAACGAAAAUUUGUAUGGGACUAGCGUCGAAGCUGUUAGAGAAGUAGCACUAAGGCAGAAACAUUGUAUAUUGGACGUGUCCGGAAAUGCCAUUAAACGAUUGCAGGCUGCUCAACUUUAUCCGAUAGCCAUUUUUAUAAGACCUCAGAGUCCCGAAAAUAUUCAAGAUUGGUCGAAGAGAAUAUCAGAAGAUCAAGCUGUCAAAGCUUUCGAAAGAGCUUUGAAACUUGAACACGAAUUUGGAGAAUAUUUUACAGCUCUUGCUACGGGCGAAACUGGAGACGAAGUAUAUGCUAAGGUAAAAGAAAUUAUCAAGGAACAGUCAGGGCCUGUUGUAUGGAUACCUGCCAAAGAAAGGCUAUAAAAGGAAAAAAUGAACAUUUAAACGCAUUAAAAAAACAUUUAAUUAUUUUGUUUGUUGGAGAGUGGGUUCUUUUAUGUAAGAAUUUUUUUGAAAGAAAACGCUUAGCAAAGGUAACCAGUUUAGAUCAUACCUAAUACUUUCUAAUUGUCGACCACAUUGUAUAAUCUAUCAUGAUUGACAUACCUAUUGAUAUCCGUAUACGAAUUGUUCGUAGUUGCUAUCAUUCUUAAAAGUGCUUUUUUUUUUAUUUUAUAUUUUUUUCCUAUAAGAAAAAAUUUAAUUUUAUUUUUUAAUUCCAUUCAUUGACAUUUAUAAUACAAAAAACUUACAAAAUUAACUCUUCCUCUAACUUGAAAAAUGUACCUAUAUUAAUUAUUUUAUUGCCUUGCUACUCCUCUCUCUCUCCAUAUAUAUAUAUAUAUAUAUAUA